AUGUCUAUCGAUCCGGACACGCGUCGUAAGCUUCUUCUCCUCCAGAAGAACGGUGCCGAGGGUGCCAACAAGAAAUGUUUCGAUUGCGGAGCACCAAACCCCCAAUGGGCGUCGCCAAAGUUUGGGAUCUUCAUUUGUCUUGAAUGUGCUGGACUUCACCGUGGAUUAGGGGUCCAUAUCUCAUUUGUUCGUUCCAUCACUAUGGACCAGUUUAAGCCUGAAGAAGUGUUGCGCAUGGAAAAGGGUGGCAACUUGAAUGCUCGUGAAUAUUUCACCGGCCAUGGUCUUGACAUGAAACUUCCAAUCACGGCCAAAUACAACAACUACGUUGCUGACGAUUACAAGGAAAAGUUAACCUGUGACAUUGAAGGCCGUGAAUGGGUCGAGAAGGACCACUCGGGCGAGUCCUUGCCGGACGUUAACUCGGUUGGUACCGGUGCCAACUUGCCUAGACCAUCUGGUGGUGCCCCCGUGGGCGGCGCAAACAACGGGCAAUCACCUAUUCUGUCCCGUAGAGGAACUCCUCUUAACGAUCAAAAGAUCAAGAACGAGGCCUACUUUGCUGAAUUGGGUAACAAAAACGAAUCCAGACCCGAUCAUUUACCUCCUUCUCAAGGUGGUAAAUAUGCUGGUUUCGGGAACACCCCAGCAGGUUCUUCUUCUUCUUCUGGACCAAGAGGAAGUCUUGCCUCUUUCACGAUUGACAACCUUCAAUCAGACCCAUUGGGAACCCUUACCAAGGGUUGGGGUUUGUUUUCAUCCACCGUGGCCAAAUCCGUUUCUGAAGUUCAUGAAACCGUCAUUAAGCCAGGUAUCUACCAAUUGCAGGACAGUGAAUUCUCUGGUGAAGCUCGCCGUGCCAUGGCUCAAUUCGGACAAAAGAUGCAAGAAACUGGGAAGUACGGUCAAGAGACUUUCCAAACAUUCACUCAUGAACAAGGGUUAGACAAGAAGUUUGGCAAUCUCUUUGAAGGGUUAAGUCUCAAUGAAGGUUCAAGCUCGCAAGCAUCCACUGCUCCAGCUUUUGGUUUGGCCAAGCCUAAGGAAAAGACCAAGUUACAAGGUUUGGGAAACAAGAAGGAUGACGAUUGGAAGAAUGAGAAGUGGGAUGAUUUUUAG